CCGCUCGAUUGACCUGAUCGAUGGACGACUGUCUUGACCCUCGCAGCGUCACACCGUCCACGAACAGACAGAAGCCUUCUGACUGACGUCAUGAGAUCCAUCCAUCCAUCCACUAUAGUUACACGCGUCACGUCAGAGGAACACGCACUCAUCGUAGCAGACGAUCCUCUCGUCCGACAGCAGCAGCAUCUUGUUGUCGACAUCUAUCCUCUCUAUCGGGGCGUCGUGAAUGCCACAUCUCGCUGACCAGAAGUCCUCCUCUCUCCCAAACCGACGCAAAUCCUCACUCCUCGCUAGCACCAGACAGUUGUUGCGCCCGUCUGGACGAACGGCAACAAACCACAGACCAGACAGCCACAGACAGGCACAAGUAAAUGCCGCCCGGCAAGCACCUCCUUGUGAGCUCAGCUGUCUUCCGUGUCUGUCUGUGUCUGCUCACUCACCGCUUUUGGCGAUUCGGUGCACCUCGGUCACCAGAUCUCGUGCAGGAGGCACCUUGGCAGGCUCUGCUGGCGGCUUCCCAGAGAUGACGAACACAUACAACGGCCCAUGGGGGUUCUGAGUGAACGCACAGGCAACCCUCCCUUCACACGUCCCGACCGACCAGUCUCCCUGCUCGUCUCCCUCACCGGCUGACACCACACCCAUGGCCAGGUGUCCUUGCCGUCUCGCCACUGCUUCAGGUAGCCAACGAGGUCACCGCUGUGGUCACUGGCAGCCUCGCACCGGACAACUGGAAGGGAGGAUACCAGACCCUGGAGGCAUCUUGAUAGGGCAGACAGAAGAAAUGACGAUGGCAUCGCCAGGCCAGUCAGCUACCACCGCCAAUUGAGCACCGACACGGUUGAAGCUUCAGAGCCUGAUGAAUGAACUGUGCAGGGAGCUCAAGCAAAUAAAACAUUGUUCCUCAUCGCUCUGUACCUGGAUCUCAAUGGAAUGCGUGCAGAACCAAAACACCUCUCGUGCGUCGGAUCAGAUCUUCCAGUCGCAAAGAAGUUGAGCUCGCACCCCGACCACCCCCCCCCCCCCCCCCCCCCCCCCCCCCCACCC